AUGGGAGAGAGCAAAGAGAAUAACCAUGUCCAGGCAAUUGAAGGUGUCCAGGCCCGAGACAAUGGCAUCAAACGGGGCCUCUCGUCCCGGCAUGCCCAGUUCAUUGCUUUGGGAAGUUCCAUUGGCACCGGCCUGUUUGUCAGUUCAGGCGAAACGCUCGCAAAGGGCGGACCGGCCUUUUUUCUCGGCAGCUACAUCGUGGUGUCUGUCCUGGUGUACAUGAUCAUGGCUUCCCUGACAGAGGUCGCCGCGUAUCUGCCUCUGAGCGGUGGCACGAUGAACUAUUACGGCACACGUUACGUUUCACGAAGCUUAGGGUUCAUGAUGGGGUGGCUUUACUUCUAUUCGUUUGCUAUCUUCAUUCCCUACGAGUUGACCGCAUCUGCAUUGGUGAUUGAUUAUUGGCAUCCGGACGUGAAUAGUGCCGUCUGGAUUACAAUCAUGCUCCUCCUCAUUGUAGCGCUCAACUUCCUGCCCGUCCGAUUCUAUGGCGAGUCGGAGUUUUGGUUCGCCUUGCUGAAGGUGGUCACCGUGAUUGGCCUGCUUAUCCUAGCCUUCAUUCUCUUCUGGGGCGGUGGUCCAAGCCAUGAUCGACUUGGCUUUCGUUAUUGGAAGGAUCCUGGUGCUACGAACACAUUGAUCGUUGGAGGAGGUGCAGGAAGAUUCGUGGCGGCUUUGGCAACGCUGAUAAAUAGUGUUUUGCCCUUCGACUUCUCUCCAGAGAUGAUCAUAGUGACUGGCGGCGAGAUCCAAUCGCCGCGACGAAACCUACCUAUCUCGGCCCGGACAUAUUACAUUCGAUUGGUUGUCUUUUAUGUCCUUGGCAGCCUCGCCAUCUCUGUGGUUUGCCCGUCGAAUGCAGCAGCUUUGGCCGGCAGUGGCACUGACGCUGCAUCUUCUCCCUGGGUGGUUGGGAUCCAGAACGCUGGCAUCAAGGGUUUGGGUAGCGUCAUCAAUGCUGUGAUUAUCACCUCCGCAGCCUCAGCAGGGAAUGCAUUCCUAUACCUUGCUAGCAGGUGCCUCUACUCCAUGGCGCUCGAGGGGAACGCCCCCAGGAUUUUCAAAAAAUGCACCAAGCAGGGAGUGCCGAUAUACGCAGUGGGAGCCAGUUCGCUUUUCUCAGCUUUGGCAUAUAUGAACAUCAAUCAGUCUUCCGCCGACGUCUUCAACUGGAUGGUUAACCUCGUCAACUGCAGUGCUUUCAUUUCUUGGGUGUGCUGUUCCAUAAUCCACAUUCGAUUCCGGAAAGCCUGCAGUGUUCAGGAAAUCCCGAAAUCAAGUUUUCCAGCCCGCUCACGUUUGAAAUCUGCCGGUUCCUAUUUCACCUUGGUGGUGUUUUCGUUGCUUUGCCUACUCAAUGGGUUCACAGUCUUCUUUCCAUCACAAUGGUCGGUUUCUGGUUUUCUAUCCGCUUAUAUCGGCCUCCCACUGUUUGUGAUCAUUUAUCUCGGACAUCGACUCUGGAGUUACCGCGAACCUUGGGCGAUUCCCUCGCACUUGGUAGACUUGCAUACUGGCUUUGCGGAAUUGCAAGCUGAAGAGGAAAACGAACUACCAGAGAAGCCCCUGAACCGGCGUUUCAAACCGUGGACUGGUCCUUGGAAGGCGACAACGUUGCGCUUCCGUGCGAAAAGCUGA